CGAUGGCGUAUAUAAUACGGCAGUCGACUGUAUGAAAUCAUUCAAAGUUAUCUGGGGUCAACAGUAAGAUUUUCGUUAUUAAUGCAAAGAAAGAGCAUUAUAUGAACAUGGGUGUUUGUAACCCUAUACUUGCGCUUGUGGUGCUUCUAUGCUUAGCUGCUACCAUUGAUGCAGGGAGACAAAGAAAAAGACCACAAGGUGGAAACCAAGAUGGAACCCCAAAGAAACAACCAAAGGUUCCAGAGGUAGUUGAAAGAGAGAACAAGUAUACAUCUGAUGAACCGAGCCAUGAAUUUGAGAACACACUUCAAGACCUUCAAAGGAGAGCCACUGAUGGUUUAAUGUACAACAUUGAAACACCAGAAGAGCUCCACGCUUUAUUUGAAAUGGCUACAUACCACAAGAAAGGCAAACGAGAUAUCUGGCCAGCGGUGUUAAAAAACAAAACUAUGCCAGCUGGGUUUUUUAGAAACAAGGGAAAGGGCAAAGGAAAGGGAGGAAACAGGGGCAAAAGAAACAUUUACACGUCUGUUGACAAUCUCUGGACAAAAGUUAAUGGAUACGCAUAUGUUCCAUGGAGAUGGGGAGAUUCCACUCCGCCGACUGAAGCGGCACAAGCAGAUGUAGCACUAGCCAUGAAGUAUGUCCACGACCACUCGUGUAUACGAUUCAUUGACUACACCCCAACUGUUCAUACUGAAUACAAUCUACCCCAUGAAUCUUGGGCAAACUUUACAUUAUUCAAAGAAGGAAGUAGCUGUUGUUGGUCUUAUGUCGGACGCCUUACAGAGGGUGGUCAAGAUAUUUAUCCCACAUCACAAAAAGACCAUGCGAUUAGUUUGGCUCUUCAUGAAUUCGGACACCUGUUUGGAAUGUCUCAUGAACAAAGGCGACCUGACUAUGAUCAAAGAAUCCAAUACCAGUUAACAAAUGUUGAUGAUGAAGAAAAGAAAUCUGAGUUCAAAGUUAAGGAUAACACUGAUAGUUUUCACGAACAUGACAUAAGCUCACGAAUGCAUUAUAGUAGAUAUUAUGCAUCCAAGAAUGAUCGCCAGACUAUGGAGGCCUUGGACAGACAAUGGCAGUAUUUAUGGUGGUCCAAAAGGGAACAUUAUGGGUUCUAUGACCUUGAAGAUCUAACUAAGGCCUAUGAAUGUGAUGACGGUUGUUCUGCGGCCCAGAAGGCAACGGGUUGUGCGAAUGGUGGUUACCUUGGUUGGGUAGACGAUUCUUGCAAGUGUAUUUGUGUACCUGGCCUGGCAGGCGCUACGUGUGAGGAGUUUGAUGAUCCAGGAUCGGCGGCCCCUAUAGAUUGGCCAACGGGUCAGUUCGGACUUUUAAAAACUAAAGACGGGUGCCCAGAUGGUUAUACUUUUUCUGAUGGGUGGAGAUUACACUAUGGAGAGGGAUGGCAUUGGAUGGAUAGUGAGGGGUACGAAAUUCAUGCCGCCAAUGGAAGCUUUGACUCAACAAAGGAUUGGAUUAAAGAUCAGUUCUGUAUGAAAACAGACUCCUCUGGCAGUUACGAUUGGCCCGCAGGCUCGUAUUGUAUCUUCAAGAAAAGUUCAUGUCCAUCUGGAUUCACGGAGGGCUCCAAAACAAUUGCCGACGAUGACAUUGACAAUAACAACGCAUAUGGUGGCGUCCUACCUGAUGGAACAUAUAACUCGAUUACAAAAUACAAAUUCUGCUGUCGGGAAGAUCCUUUUGACUCGCGAGAAGAUUGGCCAAUUGUUUUACCAAAUAGGUCUCCGAUUUACCUUUUUAAGAAGGAGAGCAAAUGUCAAGCAAUCAAGGGAAUGAAUGUAGCAUCUGACUGGCUGUCAUUUGAUGAGAAGGAUGAACCAAAUGAGCAGGCUGAGGAUGGCAUGGCACCAUAUGACCCGUAUUGGUGGGGAAGAUCAGCAUUUCAAUUAUGCUACUACACACCAAUAACAUAUGGUUGUAAUCAUAUGAUAACACUGGACUCUUCUAACCCGAGUGAAAUUAUAACAACUCCCAAUUUUCCCGGCGAAUAUAAAACUAAUCAGGAAUGCAACUGGUUCAUAAAGGCCCCAGAAGGAGCAUUUGUCAACCUUCACUUUAAUACAUUUGAAAUUGAUGGAAGUUUAGUUGAAAAGGAACAUACAUGUAAGGAUUAUGUUGAAAUAAGACAAAGUAUGAUUGGGCAGAAUGGAAUCAAAUUGUGUGGCUCCAAUAUUCGUAAAUCGUGGCUGGCCGAGGACCACAUGAUGUGGAUAACGUUUAGCUCAGAUAGCAUGGAUGUAUCUGGAGGUUUUAAAGCAACCAUUUCGUAUAAUACAGAUUCUGAUAUUGACCCAUUUUACACGGCAUCAAGUUUGGGGCAAUCCUAUAGGGGUCCUGUGUCUGUGACACAUGACUACAUGCCAUGUAUGAACUGGUUGGAUGUGCAACACUGCAAUGUCAAUCCAUUUAAACUUGAAUAUGCCGCGAAGGGUCUGGGUGACCAUAACCAUUGCCGCAACCCAAAUGGACUUUAUCGGCCAUGGUGUUAUAUUGAUCAGUACUGUCGCCAAGGAUUUUGCGAUGUUCCCCAAUUGGAGGUGAUUGAUGAUAUUAAUGACGAUUGUUCAGAGCUAGCAUCCAAUAAUACUUUUUAUUGUCGUACAAAAGAUGCAAAACGGGGCUGCAGAAAAUACUGCAACCUGAAUGAACCGAGUAUUUCCAAAGCGCCGAGCAUAGUCGAUCCAUAUGUUGACCCAUAUGGGACAAAGUCUGGAGCGACUCCCCCAUAUACAGAUGGUGACAUCAUCUCAAUCACAUGUUCUCAGAAUGGGGUUGAACUUAUUGGCUAUGAAGAGAGGAUGGCUUUGACAGAUGGAAGCUGGAGUGGUCGACACAUCGUAUGCGGAGUAUGUAGCCAGGGCUGGACCAAAUAUAACGGCCAUUGUUACAAGGCUUUUGUAGACGAAGAGCUGAGUUUUGAUGACGCUGAAGCCGAAUGUAGAACACAGGGGACACAUCUUACUAGCAUCAACAGUCAAGAUGAACAAGACUUCAUUAAACAACUUCUAUCCGAGACUAAUGGCGCCGAUGAUUUAUGGAUUGGCUACAGACAAUAUGACGAUCUUAGCAUAGUAACGUAUCCGAGUUGGAGGUGGUUGGAUGGCAGCCCGGCAAGAUACCAACGAUGGGGAAAUAGUUUAAUGAACAGUAACUCACAAGACUGUGUGUCAAGUAAUGUUGAUAACAGAUACUGGAAGGAUUCAUUCUGUACUGAUCAGAAAGAAAUAAUUUGUAAGAAACCUAUUGGAAAUGGUGUAGGGUGUGAUUCUGAGUGGUCUGAAUAUGAGGGUUAUUGCUACCUUGGCGUGGACAUUAACAUGGACUGGCAAGCGGGAGAAGAUUACUGUGUCAAUUUAGGUGCGCACAUGACUAGUAUUCUCACUGAAGGUGAAGAUGACUUCAUCUAUAACUUAGCAGUGAGCAGUUCGAUUACUGGGACAUUUUGGAUCGGAUUUAAUGAUAUCAAUGAAGAGCGCAUGUUCGAAUGGAUAGAUGGCAGCACCAUACCUUAUGAGAACUGGGAACAUGGCGAGCCCAAUGGCGAGAAUAAUCAGAACUGUACAAGAAUUCAAUUGAGCGAGGACUGGGAAUGGGAAGACAAACAGUGCACCUAUGAGAAACAGUUCAUCUGCAAAGGUGUACUUCCCAAUGUUGAACCACCAUGCAUCGACCAGUUAGAAGACUGCAAAGCCAUAUUUGACCACACCCCAACUUUCUGCAAGCUAUAUCCACAAUUUGCUGGAAAAUACUGUGCAUAUACAUGUGGUUGCAUGAGCGGCACAGAUUGCAAAACAGACAUAAAAGGUAUCCAGUAUAUGGGUACAGUGUCUGAGACUAAAGAUGGCAUUAAGUGUCAACGCUGGGAUGCGCAGACGCCCCACACACACACCAGGACUGACCCAGCUAAAUUCCCGGAUGAAACACUGGCAGAUGCAAGCAACUUUUGCAGAAAUCCUACCGGAGUCGACGGCCUAUGGUGUUAUACAGAUGAUCCGAAUGUACGAAAGGAUUGGUGCGAUAUUCCAUUUUGUGAAAUUACUCAAAGCACAAAGUUCACUAACCAACUUGAGUUUCGUGUGGAGCGUGAUGGUGACAAAACUAUCAUAAUCGAAGACAGUGAUAACUUGCGUAUUACAAAGGCUGGCGUAAUAUCUCAGUGGUCGGUGUAUUCUGAUGCUGGGGGUGAGGUUUAUUUCCAAGUCUGGAGACCAACUGGCUCAACUGGACAGUUCACGCUCAUAGGAGAAAACUAUGUUAAUGUGAAGCAACAUAGAAUCAACACGUUUGAUAUCGCUUUGAGUUCCAGAAUUAACGUAGAAGUUGGUGAUGUAGUAGGAAUAUACCAGCCAACUGAGCCAACGCCAGUCCCUUACACAAAGUGUGCAACAGCUAGCAGUUCCAACCGCAAGGGAUUCUCAAACGCUGCAAUAUGGAGACUAUCCAGUAAAAAUGAUCAUGAAGACUGGGGAGUUGGAACCACAUUUAGCUUCAGCGAUGAACGAUGUCGAAUUUACUCCAUUGGCUUCAAUGUGCUAUGAAUAAGCAAAAGUUGUACAAAGAAAAUGGAAUUUGAUGAAUGGAAUAUUUUAACGUAAAUUUAAUAAAUAUGUAUUCAUUUUCCUGCAUUCAACGUAUAUUUAUGUUACUUGUAAUUUCUAGACAUGACUUAGGAAAUAUUAAUUCGAAUCCAAUGCGAUCUAUACAUUAAAACAGAGUCAUUUUAAAUCCAAAGAAAAUAAAAAUCCUAGGUCCAAAAAUAAAUAUCUUUUCGUGUGCUUUAUUCUCAUAGCUUCUCCGGGUAAAAUGUAAUGAUACUUUCCCUGGAAAAAUAUUUUUGAAAUCCAUGCAUUAUAAAAAGGUAUAGCAAGAUGGGCACGAUUUUUUCAACCAAUCAAAAUUGUGUAUUUCUCCAAAAAACUCCAAAGGUGUGACAUCAUGAAAUUUCCUAAAGCCGAAAAC